UUUACCAGAUGAACUGCUGAGAAAAUAUCUACUCUCAUUGGAAAUUCUAAGGUUUACUUCCCAUGCUGGUACCUGGCAGCCACCUGCCCUUCACCCUAGAAGUGUAUCCAGAGCUGGGUUGGCAUAUUUGAGUGACACCAGAAAUAUGCAAGAGAUUGAAUUGGGACAGAUAAAAAUCACCAGGGGAUGGCCACAGCAACCCUCACAGUUCACUCACAUUCAAAGCCAGCUGAAGGGAAGGGAACGCUCUAAGGAGAGCCCCCUUCAGCGUCUUUCUGGCUUUCGUGGACUUGGGUGGUGGAAGGCUGAAGGAUAUGAUGGCAGGAAUGAAUAUCCAGCUGCUGUGCAUGCUACUGCUGGCUCUCAGCUCCUGGGGUCUGUGCUCAGAUUCUGAAGAGGAAAUGAAAGCAUUAGAGGCAGAUUUAUUGACAAAUAUGCAUACAUCAAAGAUCAGUAAAGCAAGCGUUCCCUCUUGGAAAAUGACCCUGCUGAAUGUUUGCAGUCUGAUAAAUAACCUGAACAGCCAGCCUGAGGAAGUAGGAGACAUCCAUGAGGAGGAGCUCAUUACCAGGAGGAAACUCCCCCUCGUUUUAGAUGGCUUUAGCUUGGAAGCGAUGCUGACAAUAUACCAGCUGCAGAAAAUCUGUCACAGCAGGGCCUUCCAACGCUGGGAGGCAAUUCAGGAAGAUAUUCUUGAGAAUGGAAAUGAGAAAAAUGAAAAGGAAGAAGUCAUAAAGAGAAAAAUCCCCUACAUUCUGAAAAGGCAGCUGUAUGAGAAUAAAUCCAGAAGGCCUUAUAUACUCAAGAGAAGCUCUUACUAUUACUAAGAAGACAAAUAUUUUAUUUGUGCGUGGUAGUGAUUGAUCGUUCUUUAAAUAUCUAAUUAUAUUUGUGUGAAAAUGUGACAACAUGUUUAUUUUGUCCGUUCUAUGACUGUAGUUUACUGGGUGUGUUUUUAUUCUAGAUUAAUAUAAACUGGACCAAAUGUUUUCAAAUAAAACUAGAUCUUGAGCAUGAUGUGUUAAAUAUAAUUGGAAUUGAUAUUAAUCACGCUACAUAUAAAAUAUUUUGUGAUUUUGCAAAACAAGUUAUAAGUUAUUUAAACAUUCAAAAUGUAUGACAUUUUACAUGGAAUUAUAAGAGAUUAUAACAACAUUUGACAGCAAAUUUUAACCUACAUAUCAUUAGCCAAAAUUAAUGACAACUUUUACUAUUUGAUUGUUUUAUUAUACUGAGAGAAAUACAUACUCUUUUCCAACACUUACUUAUAUAUCUCUCAGAUUAACAAAAGCUACUGUGGCAAAAUAGGACUACCUGAAUAAAUGAUUACUGAGCUAUUGUUAAUUAUGCUAUUUUAGUGAAUGAGCUUCAAGUGAAUGUUUUGUCUGUUAAAUGAGUUUGGUAGCUAAUAAAAAGACAACCAGCCAUCAGAA